CGUAUAUUUUUUAGUCUUUCAAAGGUUAGGUGGGUGCGUUAAAUUGUUUUAGCAUGUCUGGCCGUGGAAAGCAGGGGGGUAAAACCCGAGCUAAGGCUAAGACACGCUCCUCGAGGGCCGGUCUCCAGUUCCCGGUGGGCCGUGUACACCGCUUGCUCCGCAAGGGCAACUAUUCGGAGCGGGUCGGUGCCGGCGCGCCCGUGUACCUGGCGGCCGUGCUGGAGUACUUGACUGCCGAGAUCCUGGAGCUGGCGGGCAACGCGGCCCGCGACAACAAGAAGACGCGCAUCAUCCCGCGCCACCUGCAGCUGGCCAUCCGCAACGACGAGGAGCUCAACAAGCUGCUGGGCAAAGUCACCAUCGCUCAGGGCGGUGUCCUGCCCAACAUCCAGGCCGUGUUGCUGCCCAAGAAGACCGAGAGCCACCACAAGGCGAAGGGGAAGUAAAAUCUAGCAUAGACAGCACCCAUCUUCUAUUCUAAUAGAGCAAAUAAAAGGCUCUUUUCAGAGCCAUCCAUCUAUUCACAAGAAAAGCUGGUAACCAGUUACGUUGGUAGAAUCUGUCCUGAAUAUAUUUGUAAAAGACAACAUAGUUAAGACAUUGAGAUCAAAAAAAAAAAAAAAA